AUGGAUGGCUCUGUGGAGGGAGAUCGUAACGUCCUGGACGCCGCUGGUGGAACCGAACCAACAGACGAGGGUGACGUGGCAAAAUCAGCGCCGUACGAUGCACAGCUAGUCCUGCCGCCGUCGACCCGUCCGCCUGUGCGACCCGCGACCGUGCUCCUCUCGAUGGAUGACUUUCUCUGUCCUAUCUGCCGCGAUCUGGUCUUCAAACCCGUCGUUAACGCGUGCGGACACGUGUUCUGCUUCUGGUGCGUGCAUCGCGCCAUGACGCCCUACAGCGAGAGCCGCUGCCCCAUGUGCCGCCGCGCCUUCGCGCACUUCCCUGGAGUGUGCUGGCUGCUGCACCGCUUCCUCUCCUCCGCCUUCCCCGCGGACUACCGCGCGCGCGCGAGGGACGUCGCGGAGGAGGAGAGGGCCAUGGGGACCUUCUCGCCCUCCGCCCCUCCCGCGCUCUCCGCGCCCUCCGCGCCCUCACUGCCUGAGGCGGAGGCGGAGCCCACGAGCAGAGCUGGCGCGCGCAUGAGAGACCCGGCGCAGGAGAAAACAGUGGAGGGGCGCGUGGGAAAAGAAAGAGGGGAUGGGCGAGCGGGGGAGGGCAGAGGAAAGCCGUUGAGUGCAAAGGAGGGGACGUUUCUGGCGUACUGGCAGCAGCAGUUCUCCUGUGGGGUUUGCGGCCUGCUGCUGCUGCACCCCGUGGUGCUCAACUGUGGUCAUG